GUUUUUACCAACUGAGGGGCUCGCAGGUCCCCAAGGUCUGUCCAGAGGGCCAGUGGGUUACCAGUCCCUCUGCCCAAGUUGUCUUGCCCACCUGGAGAAUCACCAGAGAUCCUGAGAGGUAGGACCACAGAGCAGGCUUCUCCCUUCUCCUAAGGGGGCCUUCUUGGCCUGGGAUUCCCAGGGGUCUCCCCUUUCCCUCUGGAAGAGACCAUCCCAGCUCCCAGCCUUCAUCACAGCAUUUUCCAAACAGGUGGAGGAUGCUGUGGACAAGUGGCCACCUGGCUACGGGAGAGGGGAAGCCCCAUUGCUUGUCCCUGGGGCUUCAUCCUCCCCAGGGGGAAACGGUUGGCCGAGAAGCCACUGCCUGCUCCCCAGAAGCUAAGGAUCUGACCCCUGGCCUGGGCAGUGGGCAGCAGGCUUCAGGAGCUUGGGGUGAGGGGACUUAGAAGGGAGGGGCUCCAGUCCCAGCUGCCUGGCUUUGGGUACUAACAGGCCACGCUGGGGGCAGCCGAGAUUGAGGGGGAGCACCACCACCUGCUUUUCCUUGUUUUGUUUUCAGGGCACUAAUUACUGUGCUGAGCUCCGAGCUGCCUAAUGAGGCCGUUUGGAUUUCCUGUUGUUCUGGCUUCCCAAGACCCUUAAAGGGCCAGCAUCGCUCUAGGAGCGUGCCGGGUGGGACACCAAGCGCUCUGGUGAGGGCGAGCACAGAGGGGCUAUCCCUAGGCUUGGCCUGAAUGCCAAGGGCAGUGAGAGGGGCUGGUCCAGUACUUCCCGGCCGCCCUCAUGCCCUCCAAGAGGACCUGCUCAGAAGUGCCCGCAGCGGAAGCAGGAGCUUCAGAACUGUGUAGCCUGGCCAGAGCAUGUGAUUGGGGGGAGGGGGAGGCAAGGAGGCCAGGGCUGAGGAAGAAAGGCUGGUGAUGUCACCAGUGCCCAGACUGUGAGAACCACUGCAGCACCAGGCAGGAGGGAAACGCCGUGACGUCCUGUUCCCCCCUCACCCUGGAAAAUAAACACUUGUUGUCUGAGUGGCCAGCGCCACUUCCGAAGGGGCAGGCUGGCCGGGCUAGAGGCUCAGAAACGGGCCUGAGCCCAGCUUUGAGCAAAGGCCUUUGCCCAAGAUGCAUGCAGAAAGGCCUGUGGGUCAGGCUGCCCCGAACUCAGCCCCUCUACAGCACAGCACCCAAACGGGGCUUACCGGGUGCAUUCACCCCCUCUGCACCUUAGGGCUCAUCUUUGCACGUGAAGGAGCUGAGAACAGCUAGGGAUGCCAGGGAACCCCCUUCCACACUUGCCAGGGGCUGCAGAGGGACCGGCGGGGCCGGUGUGGGUGGGGGGCAUCUGCCUCCUGAGUCUCCCUUAGAUGUGAGUCACAGCCUAGGCUCUAGGACCUGUCCUAGGUGCCCCUCAGGCUGCCCCGAACUGUGGGUCCCCUGGGCCCCAGGAGGCCUGGCCUGCAGCGCCCUCCCCCACAGACGGGGUGACAACAUUGUUGUUCUUAUACGGGGCCUUCCGCCUGGAGUUCCGGCUCCGCUAAAUGGUGGGAAUGAGGGUCCCAGGGACAAAGCCAGCCUGGUUCCCGCAGCCACCUCAGAAUGGACGGAAUCCCCAUUGUGUGCGGGCGCCCUGUGCCCGCCCUCCCCUUGCCUGCGCCGGACAUGCCAACAAACAGCUCAUUGAGCCCGGGGGAGGGGCGCAGGAGACAACAAUGUCCCCCAGCGGGCCAGGGCAGUGAGCUCAGCUGGGGGUGGGGGCUGCCAUGGAGGCCGGAGGGCGAUGAUCUCAGCCUGGGGAGGGCCGGCCUGUGAGACAGGCUGACCCUGGCCUGGCCGCCCCGGUGAGGCUGAGAAGGGAUGACGGGGCUGGCCUCGCCCUUGCUGCCCCACCCCCUGGGCCGAGCUGGGAACUGACCGGCGCUUCUCACGCUUAAACUGCCCCCGCCGAGGGCACCCAACAGGCGUAGCAGGGGGGCCCGCAGGACCCAGCAAGCCACCCCAGACCCGAGAGGCUGGUGGACCCUCCCUCUAGCGGUGCCAAUUCAGAAGCCCCUCGGCAAGGCCCAAACAGAGCUCUCCCACACCACCAGCCCACACUGGCCACAGCAGGACUUUUGGAUCAAGAAGUGAAUGCACUUUUCACACCCAGAACCAUCUAAAGAGCAGGCAACAGCCAGAAGAGGGAGGGAGGGUCCUAUCUCCGGAGGUAUUCAAGCCCUUGGCUAUAGAAUAUGGGGUUGGUCUAGGUGCCCUUGAGCGCUCACCUCACCCUGAGUUUCUAGGUGUUAAGACCCCAGCUCAUUCCCUUGAGACACCUCUGGAUUCCAGAGGUGUUUCAGGCCCGAGGUUGGAUGAACCUAGGCCUGAUGCAAUCCUUUAUCCUCUUCCAGCCAGGCUGCUAGGCAGGGCCCCAAGACUCUGAGGGAAAGAGUAGGAACGUGGCGGGGUGGGGGGGGGAGGGGUGUGGAGAGAGGUAUGGCCAAAGCAGCCCCCACUCUCAGUAUAGGAGCCAGGGAAGCCCUGAGGCUGGUCGUGUUUGCAGGGCUGUAUCUGGAAAGCCAGGGGUGGAAGAAGAGAGUGGCUGCUGGCAAGGAAAAUGUGGGGCCUGUCCCAGCAGGUCCUCAGGGGUCUGGCAUUCUCAGGUGCCCAGCCAUCUCAAGGACAGGACCCAGGCUUUGGUGUAUACCUGGCCACCAGCCAUAGAUGCAGAAGGCUCCUAGUUGCCUCUGGCCCUCCCUCUGUACCUCCCUGCUCCAGACCACCCUGCACCCCACUGCCAGAUGGCGGCUGAACACCCUCCUCGGCUCAAGAACCCACAGGUUCCCUAAAGCCCAUCGAUCAAAUCCGAAUUCAUCUGUCUGAUGGGUCUCCAUGCCCUACCUGUCUAACCUCACGUCCAGCCCUGCACAUGCAAAGUCUGCUCCAGCUAUACCUACUUCAUUUCCACUCUGAUCCUUUUCCUCUCUCCAUUCCGCCUGGCAGGAAUGUCCUCUCUUCUCUUUUUCUAAGUUCUGCUCCUUCCUCCAGGUCCAGUGCCUUCCCCUCACUCCCCACAAAGCCUCCCCCAUCCCUCUCUGAACCCGGGCUCUGCAGAUCAUCACAUUCCUUUUCAUGACCCUCGAUUUUACCUCCAUGUCCCAUUAGGAGCUGAAUCGGAUGUUCCUUUUGGCCUCGCUGACCUUAGCCCAGUGCUAGGCACAUGGUCGACCUCAUUCACAACUGGUUGACUAAGGGACCAAACUCUGGAUAUGCAUGUGGCCACACACACAGGCCCUGACCCAGGAAAACUAACCAUGGGGGUGCACAGAGCCAUGCCCCAAAUGGAAUGCAUCUUUUGACUGUAUUCUCUUCUUCUGAUGGCAGUUUGAUAGACUCACCCCAGGUCUCCCCAGCUUCCUUCUUACCUGGAGAAGGGUUCUGGUAAUGGGGGUAAGGGAUCAAACCUCUUAGGAGAGGAGGGGAAGCAAGAGAUGGGGGAGUUGGCCACGGCCACAGGGCAACACAGGGAUCUCAGUGGCAGAAUGACACCAGCAAUGGGAAUGUUCAUGAUGCCCGAACAGCACUCAUGAGAGUGGGGUGAAUGGGCACAAAACCGGUUGAAGCCUGUCUGUUUCUAAACUUACAGAGACAGCUGGGGCUGUUGCUGAAGCCCCUGGUGUUGGAAACCCUGAGUAUUCAUUUUUGCUCUGGAAAUUCUCUGUGAGCUCCCAGACCUUAAAUUAAGCCUGUCCCUUUGCUGCAAAGUUAGCGUUGGCUGGACAGCUCCGCAGGGCUUGUUCUGAGAGCAGUAACCAGAGGGCUGGGGGCAGGAGAGGCAAAGUGAUCAGGACUCACAGUGGCCUAACACUGCCCAAAAACCCCUCGGGGCUGAGAGGAGGCCCAGGUCCUGGUGCCUCUCAGGCCUCUCUGGAUUUCUUCCUUGGGGACGGUCUAGACCUAAGGAGAAUCCUCUGGGUGGGAGGUUCUUUGCUAAUCACAGGCAAGGCAAGUUACUCAUUAGCAAGCAUCAACAUGCAAUUCUAAUCAACUCCAGGGGAGAGUUCAACUUGGAUUAACAACUGGAAUACAUAGUGUAGACACUGUCACAGGAAGUUCUCCCAUAUGUCUAACCUAAAUCCUUCCUGCCACAACCGAAGCCCAUUUCCUCUCAUUCUGACUGUGGUGGGAGAAGGAGACAGCUGGUCACCAUUCUCUGCUUAAGACCCAUCACCUACUUGACCAUGGCAGUCAGAUUCCUCCUCAGCCUUCCUCAGGGAACAGUAACCUGCCUGCUCAGGCAGCUAUUCACAGAACUGGCACGUGUCCCCGGUUUCUUUCUCUGUGCAUGAGAGUACUGAAGCACAGCACUUCCUGGUUCUGCCCUGACCCUUCCUCCCAGGGAGGCUGCAGGGGACCAUGGCCCAUCUGAGUAAUCUCCACUCCCAGGUUCUGGGGCCGCAGAGAGGGAGAAGUGUGACCCCAUCCGCUAUCUCUUACUUGCUUCAAGUCCUGGGUGGCAGCUGGGAUCAGAGAUCAGAGGUUGUGCGGAGAAAUGAGGACAGGUCAGAGUUUCUUCCAGGAGAUGGGUUGUUCAGCGGAGGAAGGUGAAGUGCACGCAAGGACCCAGAGACAUGGAGGGGCCAGGUGCAGUGCUGGGCCUGGAUGCUAAGGGAGGCCAGAGCCAGAAGAGGGGAGUGAAGGCUGAGCAGGCAGGUGGGGCUGGAGAGAGCUUCCCACCUGUCAGAGUUUACAGAGAAGAGAGGUUUCAGGGACAGGUGAGCUGUAUGCUGGGGAGGGGACAAGAACAGAGGACAGUGGAGGCUAGCACAGUCAGGGCAGAGGAUGAGUGGAUGAGAAGGAAGAAAAUCCUUGGGGUAGAGAAACCAGUCCAAGAUGGAGGACUGAGGGGGUGCCUGAACCUUUACUUUCAACUCAGGCUCCGCUCCCCCACCCCACCCUGUUCUUCAGUAUGGCUGGCAGAAGGUUCUCUUUUGGCCCCAUCGCUCUCAGCAAUGCCUUUGCCCUUUGCCCUCUGUUCUCUAGCCCUGUAAGCCCUCUCAGAGUCCCCUCUGUCCUGAGAGACCGGGGCAGGAGGCAAGGGCAGGCUGGGCAAGGCCUGCAGCCUGAGGGUCUCCGCACAGAGGCCUCCCUGAGCCUUCUCUCCCUUCCCCUGGGCCUCCCUCCUCACUUGCUAGGGUGGGGACAGGAAGGAGCUAGGGAAGGGGAAGCCAGGGGCUCUGGGAAAGUUGCCGUGGAGGCUGCCCUAAACCCCGGACUCCUCUGUGGCUGGAAAUACCCGCUGCGUGGCUCCUGGCCCUAGCUUUCCAGGUUUCCCCUGGGUUUGGCAAAUGAAGCUGGGGAGGCUGCCGGGUCACCACCAAUGAAGGCCCUUGCUUCCAGCCAGCAGGUCUCUACCCUGCCCCUCCACUCUCGCCUUCUUUCCUUCUAACCAGCACACAGGAGGCCUACGGAGCACUUCCUUCCUACACAGUUAAAAGAGGCUUCUCAGGUCAGGGGCCCUCAGCUGCUUCUCUCUUGGGCCCAUGGUCUCUUCAGGCCAAAGCUGUUCUCACUGAGAGGAGAGGGCUCAGUCCACAGCAGCUGCCUCAGCCUCAGGCACCAUCUGCCCUGGCCUUCUGAGAAGGUAAAGGCGACAGAGUAUGGGGCUAGCCCAGGCCCUCAGGCUCCUGGGAGCCUGGCAGAGAGAAGGUGGGAAGCUCUCCUGAUCUCAUGAGAAGGCAGAGCAGGCACUCUGACUCAUGUUUAAUGGUCUCACCCACUUGGACAUCCUUUCCUUGGGACAUUUGGGUCAUCAAUCAUGAGCUAUAAGCCAGUGGACAGCCCAGCCCAGUCUGUGUGCCCUCUUGGUGACGUGGGGAAGGCUGAGACCCCUGAGCUGCCAGGAGCCUCAAUGACCAGGGCAGUUCAGAAGUUGACUUCUCCUCCUACAUGCCUCUGCUCUGAAACAUCACCGUGAAGGAGGAAGGGUGCCAGCUUGAGACCUACAUUUGACUCUGGCUGGAGGGUCAUCUGGCCAUGGGCAAUUGGUUCUUCCAAACCAUCUCUUAUCCAAACCCAUUGUCAAAGCUCCAGUCUUCUCCUUCCAGUUGAGAACCGUGUCACAGCCUCUUCCCACAAAAGGCCCUUCACAGGGCCUUUAACAGUGGAGGUUUUCCAGUGUCCAUCUCCUUUCCAUGCCCCACCUAGCUUUCCUCUCUUUGUUUCCACCCUCUGCUCCUUUGCCUCAUUCUUUGUAACUGUUUGCCUUCAGCUCUCCUUUUUCCUUUCUUUCCUCCUGGAACUCAUUUGCAAAUGCAUAAUCAGUCACCCUCCCAGGUGGCUAUCAUUAUUAUCCCCAUUGCACAUAUGAGAAAACUGAGGUGUAGAGCUAUAGUUAAAUUACAAGUCCAAGACCCUAGGGUUGGGAAGUGCCAAGAGCCAGGUUUAUGUCAUGCUUAUUCACUCGACUCAAGCAGAGGGUGGGGAGAGGCCCCAUUCCAUCUCAACCCUCCUGGGCUGCCUCGCGGAGAUUCUUCACAACUCAGUGGCUGUCAGCGCCAAUGCCCCAGGUGCUACCCCUUCCUCCUCCUCACAGGGGCUCUCACAUCUUAUCAUCAGCCACUGCAUUCUGUUCCCCCUGUGAAGCCCCCAAAUGAGUCUUCAAGGCCACCACCAAGUCAUCAUCUUCCUCUCUCCUCCACCAGCCUCAGGCCUGUUCUAUGGGGAACCCACUCUGUCCCGCGGGAAAGACCCAGAGCAGGCAGUUCCUUGUAAGGCCUCCAGAGAGAGGUGAACGCGGCCCGGCGGGGCGCCGCCUGCCGAACGGGAAUCCCGGCCCUAACCGCUGGCGCCCCUCGAGGGGAGGGGCGAGGGCGGAGGUGGUUCUGCGGCGGCAUCUGUCCCAGGCGGGCGGGAAGCUGCUGCAUUAAAUUGUAAAAUCGAUUUAUUGACCGGCAGGUGCGAGCAGCGGCAGAUGGAGAGUAGCGCUGCUGGGGCGCAUCUGCGGGGAGCGACGGCAUCGAUCCUGGCCCCCCUCCGAAACCUGUCGGUCCCUGGUCCUUUCACGUCGGCUCGCUCCCAACUGCAGGGCCAAGGUCCGCGAAGCUGUGGAGCCCGAGCGGCUAGGGUAGCUCGCUGCGCGCCGCCCCCCUCCCCCGCCCGCCCUCGCCUGGCCUCAGGGCCCGGGCUGCGCCCCCACGGCUGCCAGGCCCUGCCAGCCCCACUGCCCCAGUUGGCAUGCGGCGGGCCGGGCUGACGCGUGGCAGCGCCCUGCGGCAGAUGAGGCACGCGCCGUCCUCAUUUCAAUGUGAAUGGAUCGAAUGGAGCAGCCAUGUGGCAGCAACAGUUUGCAAAUCUCCCCGCCUUCUGUGCAGCUCCCCGGCCGCCGCUCCCUGCACGUGGCCCCUUCCCCGCAGCGACCGCAGCGGCGCCCCUCAAGGCUUAAGCGCCCCGCCCUAGCCAGGCUAGCUCCCCCUCCCUUGGCCUGCCCGGCGGGCGCUGUAGCCCGGCCCCUAUCGCGCUCCUACCUGGGUGCAGUUCGUCCCGCGGAGAACGCUGUCCCGGGGGUCGGGGUGCAAAAUAGCGCUGGAGGCCGGGAAGAUGCGACGGCAGCCCUGGGGAGGGCGCGUAGGCUACCAAGUGGGGGAGGGGCCCCGAGGCUCUGCUCGGCCCGAGUCGCACCCUAAUCACCAGGGGUCAGCUCGGGGGCCAGGCUCGAGACCACCUUUGCGCCUCCGGGCCCCAGGUGCGGGUUCUGCCUGCUGGGGGGCUGUAUGCAGCGGCCAAACGGAGAGGACGGCCGGAGCCGAAGGCCCCUGGGGCGGAGGCUGUGGGCCUGCCUGAAGCCAGGCCUCGACCCUGUGGCUCCAGACGCUGGGCAGUGUUGCGGGUGCUCGUGGGGAUGAGGAUCUGUGGACCAUCAGAGGGCCCACAGUCAGUCCGGGGAAGCCCAGGUCAGAGGAUUUCUAUCUCUGGGAUCCCUUUCAAGAAUUCUUGACUCUGAGGGUAAUGAUGAUACUUUUGUUUGGUCCUUGACUGUUUGCAAAGUGCUUUGGGGCACAUCAGUCCGGAUGUGUGUGAGGGAUAGAGUGUUCCAGAUCUACCAAUACUGAACGAAAUGUCUCCUGUGGGACUGGAUGUCUCCCUUGAGGGUCAGGCAUGAGCCAGAUCCAGAAAAGGAGCGAGUUUUUUAUGAACUCCCAGGCCAGGAUUUGGGGGUGGAAGCGGACAGAGAACUAGGUAGGGCUGGAUGCCAGCUCAGAGGAAAGCGAGGGGCACUCUUUGGCACCCUAGGCAGGACUAAGGGAUCCGUAGAGGAUGGGCAGAGAACCCACUGGUCAGGAUCGCUGGGAGGCAAGUCCUGGGCUCCUCCUCCCUCGGGCCUGGGGACUCCGCCUGUCCAUAACCUACAUUAACUCUGGAGCGCAGCCUGGGCCCAUCUGCCGGCCCCCGCCCCACCUCGGUUCCCCACGCCAACCCGUUCGCGCCAGAUGGUGGCUGGGAGGGGUGGCCGUGCGUGGGGGACCCCGGAGCCCGUCUCCUCACCUCACCCCUCCCCCAACCCACGCUCCCAACCUCUUGUUUCUCAUGCUUCUCCCUCAAUCCUUCACCACCACCAAGUUAAAAAAAAAAAAAAAAUCAGACCAUGCUCGGCCUAGGCAGCUGUUGGGCUCCGAUCCGUGCCCCCCGCCCCCCGCAAGACUCCCCCGGGCCCGCGCCGCGUCCCUGCUCCCCCCAGCGCCGAUCUUAUCGCCCGACGACAGCCAUCGCUGUGCGGGCGGGCUGACAGCUGAAGCCACAAGGCCCCCGCCGCCCUCAGCGUCGCGGAGAGAGACCGCUCCUCUGCACCCCCCGACACUGAGAGAAGCCGGCCCUCCCCGGUCUAAAGCCUCCGGGGAUCACGCCGGUUCCGGGAAAGCAGCUGCACUGCCGCCGCUCGGAGAAGUGGGGCCACCCGGGGGAGCCGAGAAGGCGAGACGGGUGAAGCCGCCUGAAACCCAUACGAGUCCGCGCGCUUCCAGUUCCACCCUACAUUUUGCCCUAUGAGGAGAGGACCCGGGUCUGCCCGGCCUCAGCCCCUGGACUCUCUGGUGGCUCGAGCCAACUCUGCAGUCAGGAGAGUUCCUCCCUGCUCCAACGGAGCGACAGGACGCGGGCCGAGGCUUGAGGCUGUUGGGGGGUGAAGGUGGGCUCUGGAGCUGAGGUUAAACCAAGGUGAGGAGAGGCGCUGAAGGCGGGGCCAGACCCUUAUUACCAUACAGCUGAGGACGCGCCCCCCUUCUUCUACCUCGGGGACCACGCCCUCCUACCCCCAGCACGGGUACCACGCGUCUGGGGACUGGCACGCGCGGAGCCCAGGCGGGAGGCAGAAGGGAGGAGGCACGCGCUGGACACGCCCCCCAUAACUGGGGAGGGAGAUGCCCACCAGGUGGAGGGGCCGAGCCCCCGAGUCUUAGAUGCUUGGUCCCUCGCCUAGCACGGAGUGGCCACAGAGAGGUUAAUGCGUCCUCUGGCUUCCCUGCUGCGCGCGGGGGGGGCGGGGGGGUGGACGCUCACAGGUUGGGGGCCGACGACGCCAGGGCUCCCGAAGUUCCGGGAAGGUGAAGGAGACUGGAGUCCUUUAGCACUGGUUUCGCUUUCUGAGCUUAAGUUCUUUUUACCUUCUCCAGGGCUGCAGGUAACUAACGCCGGCCGUGGUCACACCGCCGACGGGGACUCCCCCGUGUCUCCGCCCCCACGACCAUCCGGGAACCACUCGCUCACCUCCCGCCCCAUUCCCCCUCGCCCUCCCCCUGUCCUCCCACUGCCGGGGUCUCGGCCUGUAUCCACGCGAUUGCGGAGAACUGGUCACCUCGGCACGCGCUGAGCUGGGGGACCCAGGGGCUGAGAGCGGCACAGAGGGGCGGGGACCUGUGCCUGACUGGCUGGCUGGGAGGGGGGAAGGCGGGGGCGGAGGCACCCCCGGGCGGGGCUGGGGCUGUAGCAGCUAGAGGCCCGAGGGGAGGGGAGAGUGACCACGAGUCUGAGUGACAGGCGGGUGAAGAGAGGAGCCAAUAUAUAUAAGGAAAGCUCCCGAGAGUGCAGGUUUCAGUAGCGGCGCUGAGCGCAGGCUGGGAACGCGAGGCCAAGAGCUGCAGCUCAAGCCGCCUCAGUGCAGUGUACCCGGACACUAGCCUGCUUACAGCCCCAGGAUUAGUCCGAGGACACGUCCUCAGCGCGGCCGCCACCCAGCCGCCCUCACCUGGAUUACCUACCGUGGCAGUUGGAGCGGAGCUAGCGAGAAGGAGAGGCGGGAGGAAAACCCCGAGCGGAGCCUGGCUUUUCAGGGACCCCUCUGGCGGUUGGACGCGCGGGAACGGUUCACAACCGGCGGGUGCAGAGAGCGACGCCCCAGGGAAUGGCAGCCGCAACCCGUAGCGCCUCUGGCUGGGCGCUACUGCUGCUGGUGGCACUUUGGCAGGAGCGCGCGGCCGGCUCUGGAGUCUUCCAGCUGCAGCUGCAGGAGUUUGCCAACGAGCGCGGCGUACUCGCCAGCGGGCGGCCGUGCGAACCCGGCUGCCGGACCUUCUUCCGCGUCUGCCUUAAGCACUUCCAGGCGGUCUUCUCACCCGGGCCCUGCACCUUCGGCAGCGUCUCCACGCCUGUGCUGGGCACCAACUCCUUCGCCGUCGGCGACGACAGUAGCGGCGGGGGACGCAACCCUCUCCAACUGCCCUUCAAUUUCACCUGGCCGGGUACCUUCUCACUCAUCAUUGAAGCUUGGCACGCGCCAGGAGACGACCUGCGGCCAGAGGCCUUGCCACCAGACGCGCUCAUCAGCAAGAUCACCAUCCAGGGCUCCCUAGCUGUGGGCCAGAACUGGUUACCGGAUGAGCAGACCAGCCCUCUCACAAGGCUGCGCUACUCUUACCGGGUCAUCUGCAGUGACAACUACUAUGGGGACAGCUGCUCACGGCUAUGCAAGAAGCGCAAUGACCACUUCGGCCACUACGUGUGCCAGCCAGAUGGCAGCCUGUCCUGCCUGCCCGGCUGGACUGGGGAGUACUGCGAACAGCCUGUCUGUCUUUCGGGCUGUCAUGAACAGAAUGGCUACUGCAGCAAGCCAGCAGAGUGCAUCUGCCGCCCAGGCUGGCAGGGCCGCCUGUGCAACGAAUGCAUCCCCCACAACGGCUGUCGCCACGGCACCUGCAGCACCCCCUGGCAAUGCACUUGUGAUGAGGGGUGGGGAGGCCUAUUCUGUGACCAAGAUCUCAACUACUGCACCCAUCAUUCCCCGUGCAAGAAUGGGGCGACGUGCUCCAACAGUGGGCAGCGGAGCUAUACCUGCACCUGUCGCCCAGGCUACACUGGCGUGGACUGUGAGCUGGAGCUCAGCGAGUGUGACAGCAACCCCUGUCGCAAUGGAGGCAGCUGUAAGGACCAGGAGGACAGCUACCGCUGCCUGUGUCCCCCGGGCUACUAUGGCCUGCACUGCGAACACAGCACCUUGAGUUGUGCUGACUCUCCCUGCUUCAAUGGGGGCUCCUGUCGGGAGCGCAACCAGGGGACCAGCUAUGCCUGUGAAUGUCCCCCCAAUUUCACUGGCUCCAACUGCGAGAAGAAAGUGGACAGGUGUACCAGCAAUCCGUGUGCCAAUGGGGGCCAGUGCCUGAACCGAGGUCCAAACCGCAUGUGCCGCUGCCGUCCUGGAUUCACAGGCGCCCACUGUGAAAUCCACAUCAGCGACUGUGCUCGCAGCCCUUGUGUCCACGGCGGCACUUGCCGCAACCUGGAGAAUGGGUUCGCAUGCACCUGCCCUGCUGGCUUCUCUGGCCGGCGCUGCGAGGUGCGGAUGCCCACCGACGCCUGUGCCUCGGGACCCUGCUUCAACGGGGCCACCUGCUACGCCAGCCUCCCCCCGGACAACUUCGUCUGCAACUGCCCCUACGGCUUUGUGGGCAGCCGCUGCGAGUUCCCCAUGAGCAUGCCCCCCAGCUUCCCCUGGGUGGCCGUCUCCCUGGGCGUGGGACUGGUGGUGCUGCUGGUGCUACUGUGCAUGGUGGCAGUGGCGGUGCGGCAGCUGCGGCUCAGGCGGCCUGACGACGGCAGCAGGGAGGCCAUGAACAACCUGUCGGACUUCCAGAAGGACAACCUGAUCCCCGCCGCCCAGCUCAAGAACACAAACCAGAAGAAGGAGCUGGAAGUGGACUGUGGCCUGGACAAGUCCAACUGUGGCAAACAACAGAACCACACAUUGGACUAUAAUCUGGCCCCAGGACCCCUGGGGCGGGGGAUCCUGCCCGGGAAGUAUCCCCACAGUGACAAGAGCUUAGGGGAGAAGGCGCCACUGCGGAUACACAGUGAAAGGCCAGAGUGUCGGAUAUCAGCGAUAUGCUCCCCCAGGGACUCCAUGUACCAGUCUGUGUGUUUGAUAUCAGAAGAGAGGAACGAAUGUGUCAUUGCCACAGAGGUAUAAGGCAGGAGCCUCCCCAGGACAUCCCAGCUUCGCCCCAGCAGCUGGACCUUCCUUCUGCAUUGUUUACAUUGCAUCCUGGAUGGGACAUUUUUUAAUAUGCAACGUGCUGCUCUCAGGAGGAAGAGGGAAUGGCAUGAACUGGACAGACUGUGAACUUGCCAAGAGAUGCAGUACCCUUCCACAUCUUUGGGUGUCUGUCUGGCAUCAGAUUGGCAGCCACGCCAGCCAGGGGAACAGAGGAGAGGAGAGGUGCCACUUGGACCCGCCCUGCCAGCAGUGGCCUUCAGAGGGCUCCUUUGGGGCUCUGGCCUAUUUUCCAGAGAGAGUGGCAGUGGCCCCGUGGGGCCCGGAGCUGCUGUGGCCUCCACUGGCAUCUGUGUUUCCAAAAGUGCCUUGGACCAGGCUCCAUGGCGACAGCUGGGUCCAAAUCAGAGAGGAGAGAGGAGGCCAGUAAGGGCAGGGCCGUCUGUGGGCCAGGAAACCAUCUGGUUCAGCUCUGGGCAGGAGUGUCCCUGCAGGUGAGGUGAGCGCCCCGAGAGGAGCGGGAGAAGCAUUUUCUGCCCGUGCCUCCAGCCGCUGCACGUGGGCCUCACUCCUAACACCAUCCCUGCCUCUCCCUGGCCCAGGCUCUCUGGGGAAGGAUACUGGUAAGCCUUACCUGGCUUCCACAGCCUCUGGCCCUGGGUGCCUUGGGCUCCUGUGAGCAGAUAGGUGGAGGGCCUGCCCCUCUUCCCAGCCAGAGGCAACAGGCCUAACUGGGGAGCUCAGGGCAGUGAUGAUGGAAAUUCCAGUGAGGGAGAAAUUGGGUGCUGUCGCCACCUAGGACCUUUCCUCCCUCAAGCCCAUUCCCAAGGCCUCGAGCCUGGGCUCUGCCCACACCCACUACUGCCCCCAGACUACCCUUGAAGCCGAUCUUCAGAAAUCAAUAAUAUGAGUUUUUAUUUUGUUUGUUUUUUUUUUUGUAGUUUAUUUUGGAGUCUAGUAUUUCGAUAAUUUAAGAAUCAGAAGCACUGACCUUUCUACAUUUUAUAACAUUAUUUUGUAUAUAAUGUGUAUUUAUAAUAUGGAACAGAUGUGUACAGGAGUUUAGUA